UUGAUUCACAAUUCACAUUCAUUCGAACGUCAGCCGGCUAGUCAGUAAGAGGGCUGCGUUAUUGCGAAUAUAUUAUACUAUUAUAAUAGUUUGCAUUUAAUUAAUCAAUAAUUAUGAGGGAAAUAGUACAUGUGCAAGCUGGACAGUGCGGAAACCAGAUCGGCGCAAGGUUCUGGGAAAUAAUAUCAGAAGAGCACGGAAUUGACCCGACGGGAGUUUACAAGGGGACCAGUGACCUUCAGCUAGAGAGAAUAUCCGUUUACUACAAUGAGGCUACUUGUGCGUCGGCCGAGAACGGCGGCAAGUACGUCCCCCGCGCCAUCCUCCUCGACCUCGAGCCCGGCACCAUGGACUCUCUCCGCUCCAGCGCGUACGGCCAGCUGUUCCGGCCAGACAACUACGUGUUCGGCCAGUCGGGCGCCGGCAACAACUGGGCCAAGGGACACUACACCGAGGGCGCCGAACUCGUCGACAACGUACUCGACGUAGUCAGGAAAGAAUGCGAAAACUGCGAUUGUCUACAAGGUUUCCAGCUCACACACUCCCUCGGCGGCGGUACCGGUUCCGGUAUGGGCACACUACUCAUCUCCAAAAUUAGAGAAGAAUAUCCAGACAGAAUCAUGAACACAUACUCCGUUGUCCCCUCGCCCAAAGUAUCAGAUACCGUAGUCGAACCUUACAACGCAAUUCUUUCUAUUCAUCAACUAGUCGAAAACACAGAUGAAACCUAUUGCAUAGACAACGAAGCUCUCUACGACAUCUGCUACAGAACCCUCAAAGUCCCGAACCCGUCGUACCGCGACCUCAACCACCUGGUGUCGCUCACAAUGUCCGGCGUCACCACCUGCCUGCGGUUCCCCGGUCAGCUGAAUGCUGAUCUUCGUAAGCUGGCCGUCAACAUGGUGCCGUUCCCACGUCUGCACUUCUUUAUGCCCGGGUUCGCGCCGCUCACCUCUCACGGCAACGAGUCGUACCGCGCCCUCACCGUCCCUGAGCUGACUCAGCAGAUGUUCGACGCCAAGAACAUGAUGGCUGCCUGCGACCCUCGCCACGGCAGGUACCUUACGGUCGCCGCCAUCUUCCGCGGUCAAAUGUCUAUGAAAGAAGUCGACGAGCAGAUGCUCAACAUUCAAAACAAGAACAGCGGUUCCUUUGUUGAAUGGAUCCCCAACAAUGUCAAAACCGCCUGUUGCGACAUUCCUCCUAAAGGACUGAAGAUGUCCUCCACCUUUAUCGGCAACACAACUGCAAUCCAGGAAUUGUUCAAGCGCAUCUCUGAACAGUUCUCGGCCAUGUUCAGACGCAAGGCUUUCUUGCAUUGGUAUACCGGUGAGGGUAUGGACGAGAUGGAGUUCAACGAAGCCGAGAGUAACGUGAACGAUCUGGUGUCGGAGUACCAGCAGUACCAGGAAGCAACAGCUGGAGACGAAUGUGCCUCCGACCAGGAUGAUAUGGAGGAGACUGAGGAGAUGCCUGAUGAUCAAUGUUAGGUGCAGACACGGUCGCGGCAUUCAAAUAUUUAAUAAUAAAGUUGCCAGUUUACCAAA